AUGAAGAGGACACAAGAGGAAGAGUACUUACUUCAUCCCAACGAUUUCCAGGAGGCAGAAAAGGACCCCCUAGCAAUAAAUCGUACAUGCGCAGAGUACAACACGGAGGGAAAGCAGAAGUACACGAAUACGGAAGAAGAAGAGCAUAAAAGACUGGAUAGUCAGGGGCUCUAUAUUAUAGGGGAUCGGAGUCACCAAGAGCCCUUGAUAAAAUUAAGAAUAGGUCCCCUAAGACAAGAGUUCACCUUUUUAGUAGACACAGGGGCAGAGCGAUCGACAAUUAGGAACCUACCGGAAGGAUGCAAACUUUCUGAUGAAAAAGUUCAAGUUAUUGGAGCAAAAGGAGAACCUUUUAAGGUAAAUAAAAUUAAAGAUGUAGUAUUUGAAUCAGAAAACAAAUUUGGAGUGGGUGAACUCUUGUUGGUUCCCGAAGCAGAUUUUAAUUUACUUGGACGGGAUCUGAUAGUAGAAUUACAAUUAGAGAUUAAAGUGGAAAACCAAAGAUUGGCCAUUAAAGCUUACCCCUUGACGGUAAAAGAUAAACAAGAAAUCAAUCCCGAAGCCUGGUACUCCCCAGAUUCAAUAAGUAAACUUGACAUUGCCCCGAUAAAAGUUCAAAUCCAAGAACCCCAAAUUCCCGUACGAAUAAAGCAAUACCCCAUUUCUAUUGAAGGAAGAAAAGGAUUAAAACCAGAAAUAGAUCGAUUAUUAACUCAAGGGAUUUUGGAACCAUGCAUGUCUCCGUUCAACGCUCCUAUUUUACCUGUAACGAAAUCAAAUGGUAAAUAUCGAUUAGUUCAUGAUUUGAGGGAGAUCAAUAAGAGAACAAUCACCCGGUUCCCGGUAGUGGCAAACCCAUAUACUUUACUAAGCCGAUUAGGGCCACACAAUAAUUGGUAUAGUGUUAUAGAUCUAAAAGAUGCCUUUUGGGCAUGCCCUUUAGCCGAGGAAUGUAGAAAUUAUUUUGCCUUUGAAUGGGAAGAUCCAGAUACUGGACGAAGACAACAACUUAGAUGGACAGUACUUCCCCAAGGCUUUAAUGAAUCACCAAAUUUGUUUGGACAGGCCCUAGAAGAAUUAUUAAUGGAAUAUCAAGUAUUGUCAGGGAAUAUAUUAUUACAAUAUGUGGAUGAUCUAUUAAUAGCAGGGAGUGAAAAGGAAAAAGUUAGAGAAGAAAGCAUAAAAUUGCUUAACUUUUUAGCAUUAAAAGGGUUACAAGUGUCAGAAGAAAAACUUCAAUUUGUAGAAGGAAGAGUUAAAUAUUUAGGCCAUUAUUUAAUUAAAGGACAAAAAAUAAUAGACCCAGAGCGAAUUAAAGGAAUAUUGGAAUUGACAAUGCCUGGAAAUAAAAGACAAAUAAGGCAGGUUUUAGGUUUAUUCGGCUAUUGCAGGCAAUGGAUAGAGAAUUACAGUGCAAAAGUAAAAUUUUUAUAUGAACAAUUAACCAAAAAUAAUUUGCCGAAAUGGACUUUACAGGAUAAAAAGAACUUUGAGAAUUUAAAGAAGGAUUUGAGUCAAGCACCAGUCCUUAGUUUACCAGAUGUAAAAAGACCUUUUCAGUUAUUUGUAAAUACGGACAGAGGAACAGCCUUUGGAGUUUUGACCCAAGAAUGGGCAGGGAAAAGGAAGCCAGUGGCAUAUUUAUCGAAAUUAUUAGACCCUGUAAGCAGAGGAUGGCCAACAUGCAUACAAAUUAUUGUAGCAGCAGCAUCAUUAUUGGAAGAAGCAAACCGCAUCACUUUUAAUGGGAAAAUAGUUUUAUAUACACCUCAUAACAUUAGGGAGGUAUUACAGCAAAAGGCAGAAAAAUGGCUUACAGAUAGUCGAUUAUUAAAAUAUGAGGGAAUUUUAAUUGAAUCGCCUAAACUGCUACUUAGGACUGUAGGGGCAACUAACCCGGCUGAAUUUUUAUAUCAGGGAGAGAAUAACACAGAAACACUACAUGAUUGCUUACAAACAAUAGAAUGCCAAAGUAAAAUAAGGCCCGAUUUAGAAGAAGAAGAAUUAGAAAAAGGGGAUAUCUUGUUUGUAGAUGGGUCAUUUAGAGUAGUAGAAGGGAAACGGCUUUCUGGGUAUGCUAUUGUUAAAUUGGAAAAUGGAGAAUUCAAAGUUAUGAAUUCAGGACCUUUAAAUGCUAGCUGGUCAGCCCAGGCAUGUGAGUUAUAUGCUCUUUGGAAAGCUUUAGAGUUAUUAAAAGGAAAAAUAGGCACAAUAUACACCGAUUCAAAAUAUGCAUAUGGGAUAGUACAUACAUUUGGAAAAAUUUGGGAAGAACGAGGUUUUAUAAAUUCACAAGGAAAAGGUUUAGUUCAUGAAGAACUUGUAAGAAGAGUUUUGAAGUCUUUACGAGGUCCACUUGAAAUAGCAGUAGUUCAUGUUAAAGGUCAUCAAAGAGGCACGAAUUACAGAAUCAGAGGAAAUAAUGUAGCUGAUGAAGAAGCCAGAAGAGUUGCUGGUAAUUCUACCACCCUUUUAAUGGUAAAAGAGACCCCAGACGCUUUAAAUGAAGAAAACUUUAGCUUUAGUAAAAAGGAAAAAGAGAAAUUGUGUCUUAUGGGAGCCAAAGAACAGAAUAGAAAACAAGUGUUACCUGAUGGCAGAGAAGUUUUACCCCAAGGAAUGGCCAGAAAAAUAAUGACAAAAAUACAUCAAAAAACUCAUUGGGGAACUCAAGCUUUAGUUGAUCAUUUCGAACAAUUAUACUCUUGCAUUGGGGUAUACAACGUGGCAAAGACAAUAACACAAGCUUGUGAAACGUGUCAAAAAGUAAAUCGAAACAGAAGUAGGCAAAGACAACUGGGAGGGCGACCCCCAGCAAUCAGGCCUUUUUCAAACAUACAAAUUGACUUUACUGAACUUCCCAAGGUAGGGAGGUACAGAUAUCUUUUGGUAAUAGUAGAUCAUUUAACUCAUUAUGUAGAGGCCUUUCCCACGGGAAGAGCUACUGCCAACCAGGUAACAAAAGUGCUGCUCGAACACAUAAUACCUCGAUAUGGUGUGAUUGAAGUUAUAGACUCCGAUCGCGGGCCACAUUUUACCUCAAAAAUUAUAAAAGAAUUAUCGGAAUGUUUAGGAAUAAGAUGGGACUACCAUACGCCAUGGCAUCCACAGAGCUCAGGGAGAGUCGAGAGACUGAAUGGGGAAAUUAAAACAGUGUUAACCAAAUUGAUGAUUGAAACGAAAUUAUCUUGGUUAAGAUGCUUACCUAUGGCAUUAUUAAUUUUGAGAACUAGACCUAGAUCUGAUUUGGGAAUUUCUGCGUAUGAAAUGGUAUAUGGUAUGCCCUAUAAUAUUGAAAAACCACAAGAAAAUGUUUUGGUACAAGACCAAACCUUAGAAGUAUAUAUUUCACAAUUGUCAAAACAUAGGGAAGAAUUAUGGAAGAGAGGGUUGAUAGUACAAAGACCUCCAUUGGACUUGAAAAUACAUAAUAUAAAACCUGGGGAUUGGAUCCUAAUCCGGGUAUGGAAAGAAGAGACUUUGAAACCUAAAUGGGAAGGACCUUUUCUUGUUUUGCUUACCACAGAAACUGCUGUAAGAACAACGGAGCGUGGUUGGACUCAUGCAAGCCAAAUAAAAGGACCUGUGUCCCCACCUCAGUGAAAGGUCAUCAGCCCUCCAGGAGAAACCAAACUGGUACUAAAGCGAUAAGCUCCGAAUGAUUUGGACUUGGUUUGAGAACUUACCUUUUUAUGUACAGUGUAUUUUAGGAAUCAUAAUAGCAUUGGUGAUAUCAUUAAUUGUAUAUUAUUUGUGGAAAAUUGUUAAAUGUGGAAGAGGAAUUUGUUUCCAUAAAUAGAAACCAAUCACAUAUAGAGGAAGUAGGACCAAUAGAUUUUGAGAGAUUAGAUUAUAAAGUAUCCUUGAUUUUUAUACCCAUUUUAGAGAAUUUACCCUUAUCUCAGGUAAUAAAAUCCCAAAUACCCAAACCUCCUUACAAUUGGAGGAAAGUAAGAAGCCUGAUUAAUGAUUUUAGGGACUUAUUAGACCAAGGGCCAGCUUAUGAACCCUGUACCAUUUGUUAUAGCAAAAAGUGUAAUGCAAUAAUAACUUUUUGCUGUGGAGGUUGCUCACUAGUGGUGCAGGAAUGGAGAUACGAUCUUUUUAACUGGUGGUGUAGCAGAUGCGACAGAAAAUUUCAACACCGGUUACUUUAUCAACCAGAAUUAGAAGAGGCAAUAGAACAGAAGCUAUUUGAGUCAGCAGAACAAUACCAAUUGGCUAUACUGCAUGUGAAUCUUUGCCAGUGUGUUUCAGCAAUCACCGCCCAUUUAAAAUCUAGUAUCAUACGCAUCGGACGAUGCAGGGAACCAACAGAAGUUGAAGGUUGAGACCCCUUUGGGUAGUACCCGCUGCCGAGAAGAGAAUUAACCUCGUAACUGGUUGCAACCCAGUUGACGAGCGAGGCAGGGAGAAUAACCCUAUAAAAGGGAAAAGUCUAAAACCUGAAACCUGUUGGACACCAGGAUGUUGACUAUUUUGAUAACAAGUAUUUUUAUAUUUUGGGUGAGAGCUGGAAAUCCACAUGAACCUAUGAUUUGGAAAUUAGUUAAUUUAGAAAAUCCUGAAACUCCAAUCAGAGUAAACUCAAAUUGGACAAAUGUAAAUUUUACCGUAUCUUUGACACAGCUAGUUACAGGGAAUCGUCGGGAUAGAGCAGACAAAUGUAGAGGUUUCUAUGUAUGUCCCGCGUCAAAUCCAGGAAAGGACUAUUGUAAGCUCCCCUACCAUUUUUAUUGUGGGUAUUGGGGUUGUGAGACCUGGGCCUCAGAUUGGUUAAUUUCAGAAUCCAGUAAGGACAAGUAUAUUCAUAUAGAAUGGUAUCCCCCUAACUGUAAACGACCGACUAUAGGCCAUGAUGGUCAUGUAUAUGGACAUUGUGAAGAUGAGGGUUACUGCAAAGAAGUAAACAUUAAGGUCCUCAGGACUGAGGAAGAUUCUUGGUUAGCAGGGAGAAUGUGGGGAAUAAGAUUCUGGGAGCCAGGACCAGAUAGAGGGAAUAUGUUUCAGAUUAUUAAAACAAGAAUGCCUCAUGAUUCUGCCUCAGUGGGUCCUAAUAUUAUAAUAGCUCCUCCAAAAACACCUAAAAGAAAUCAAGAAUUGCCCAAAAUAGCGAAAGUCAAUUCAACCAUUAUGGAAUUAAGAAACCACACUGAUCCACAAAAUAGGUCAGAAAUAGCGAUAACACCACAUAAAAACUUUUAAGACCCCUUGUGGGAAAUAAUGUAAGCGUCUUAUUUAGCAUUGAACAACACCAAGCCAAAUUUAACUAAAGAAUGCUGGUUAUGUUUUAAUGUUAGACCACCUUACUAUGAAGCAGUAGGACAAUCAGAUAAAAUUAAAUGGUCAAACAGAACAAAUCCCUCAGAAUGUCCUUAGAGUGAGGACAAGCAGGACACCCAGGGAAUGACUUUACAGCAUGUAACAGGAAGAGGACAAUGUAUUGGUACUGUCCCAGAGCAAUAUAAAGGAUUUUGUAAUAGCACGAUUCAUAAGACAAGAAUAAAGCAAAAGAGAAGUGAAACCUACAAGUGGGCAAUACCGGCUACAGGAGCAAAAUGGGUGUGCUCAGAUAUUGGGGUGACACCGUGUAUAUCAUUACAAGUAUUUAAUGUAUCUCAAUUUUGUGUUCAGGUAAUAAUCAUUCCACGUUUAAUGUACCAUCCAAUGGAAGAUGUUAUGCAUCAUUUUGAGAGAGGCCUCAGUAGACAAAAAAGAGAGCCAAUUACCGCAAUUUCCUUAGCUACUUUGCUAAUUGCAGGAGGUGUGGGAGCUGGAACGGGUAUAGCCUCAAUUAUUAAGAGUGAACAAAUGCAGGCAUUACAAAUAGCAGUAAAUGAAGAUCUAAUUAGAAUAGAACAAUCAAUUAAUCAAUUGUCAACCUCGGUCAAGUCUCUUUCUGAAGUAGCCUUGCAGAAUAGAAGAGGUUUAGAUUUGUUAUUCCUCAAGGAAGGAGGAUUGUGUGUAGCCCUCCAAGAAGAAUGUUGCACAUUCAUAGAUUAUACUGGAGUAGUCCAAGAUUCAAUGGCAGAACUUUGAAAGAGACUAGACCAACGUAAAAAAGAUCUAGAGACCGGUACAACAUGGUAUGAAAAUUGGUUUAGUGCAAAACCAUGGCUAACUACUCUUUUGUCUGCUCUGGCUGGACCAUUGGUAUUAGUUUUAUUGGGAUUAAUAUUUGGACCAUGUAUUAUAAAAUAUGUGUUACAAUUUGUAAAAGAAAGAUUUGAUAUUACUAAAUUAAUGAUUUUGACUUCUAGAGCUGAAUAUCAACAAGUGCCACAAAAAGUACCAGAAGCAUAUUGUACCUGUGGUACAGAUAAAUAUGCAUAUCUCGAAUGUAAUUGUAAACAACCUUGUGGAUGUGAUUGGAGAUGUGAAGCUUGCGGAAGAUUUAUAGAAGCAGAAGAGAUAGUUUAAUAACAUAGGAUAAAAAGAAAAAGGGGGGAAUUGUUAGAAACAGAUAAUGUGUAUUAAACUAUUAAUAAACUAAAAACUUUGUAACACCCCGAUAUUGUGGUUAGAAAAAAAGGAAGUACUAACAGAAAAACACCCAUGUGAAACUGCCAAGCUUUGCACAAUGUAUGCUUUGCCACCGCCAAGUAUGUAUUAUUCAGCAAAAUGCUAUGAAACCGUACCAUAUAUGGGAAAGGACUAAAGGAGUUCAUGAAGAGGACACAAGAGGAAGAGUACUUACUUCAUCCCAACGAUUUCCAGGAGGCAGAAAAGGACCCCCUAGCAAUAAAUCGUACAUGCGCAGAGUACAACACGGAGGGAAAGCAGAAGUACACGAAUACGGAAGAAGAAGAGCAUAAAAGACUGGUGAUUUGGUUUAAGCGUGUGGCAGUGGUGGAGCGCAGACUCCCCUGUCACCCAGCGCUGCUUUUGCUCGCUUUCUACUUGCCAUGAAUUAAUAAAACCUUGAAUAUUA